AUGCCCAAUGCCCAACAAGGGACAGGCAGAGACAGAUGGAGGGAACGCGAGAAAGCGGUGGACAAGAGUCAAAAGGGCAACGACAGAGCUCUGGCAGAGCCAAGCAAGCGCCGUCAGCACUCUGGGAUUUGUGGCCGGAAGCCCCGUCUGCCCGUUGUCCGUCCGUCCCCUGUCGACAAGUCUGGGUGGGCCGCAACUCUCGCUGCUAACGACCAUCGACCAUCACCACCUCACCUUGGCUCCAUCGAAUCCUGGUGCAACGCUGAUCCACCCACGCCGCGCUGGCACACCCCUCUGACCCUUGUCGCGACCAGGCCCUGCGUUGGACGCCCAGCUCCACCCCAAAUCGCAAGUCUGUACUCGUACGUGCUUGGACUCGCACCAAGUACCGUCCGCGCCAUGGCCUUUUUUGCUGCGGAACUCCUUCGCACCAUUCGGGAGACAGCUGUCUGCAAGCCUGCAAGCAGUGCGCGCCCAACUGUGGAGCCCGGCGCCGUGGCGGAAGAGACCUGCAGAUGCUGGCAGGAAGAAGUGGGUGACCUGACCAGGAAGCGAACAAACGUCUGCAGUUGUUUGCACACGGCUGUGGCCCGUCCCAGAACUUCCUCCACCCUCCAAACCGACCUUGUCCUUCAAUCGCAGCUCCCAUUCCUCUCACUUCGACUUCAAAGUCAUCAUUGCCCGGACUUGGUUGCAGCCUCUGUUGCACCGCCGUCACCGCCGACUUUGCCUGAUAUUACCUCAGAACUCGCUGCAAGCGCCUGCAACGACUCUGGAGGCACCAGUUCGGAUGUUACGAUUGAGACGAAACGAUUGAUUUUGAUGCCCUGUUACGACUAA